CAGACCAGUCCAGCAGCCUGGCUGUAAACACCACAGACAGCAAACACAAGCUGUCAUAAAACAUCAUCCACAUACUGGACGUCCUCUUCCCAGCUGAACUCUCUCCUUUUCUGUGAAGUCUUCUGCUUUGAGCUGUGAGGAAUGUCUGUGCUGUCUCGUCUGAUGUGAGAUCCAGCAACUUGACGAGUUCAUCUGAGAUUAAUGAGACGCCUUGUCCCUGCAGAGCACCGGAAGGAGAUUGGAGAGGAGGGGGAGGAGGCGUAGAGGGGCCGUGGAGGGGCUCUGGUGCCGCUCAGGGGGGCAGAGCAGGAGAAAACGAAAGAGCAAGGGGGAGAAGGAGAAGGAGAAGGAGCGAUGGCCACGGGAGGAAUCACCACUCUCCCGGCCAACCCAGACGGCGGGGCCAGCGGAGGAUUUCCUUCAGGGAAUUUCAAGGACACAAAGCGUUUGUACUGCAAAAACGGUGGAUACUUCCUGCGGAUAAACUCGGACGGCAGGGUGGACGGCAUUCGUGAGAAAAGGGACCCACACAUUCGACUGCAGCUGCAGGCGACGGCUGUCGGUGAGGUGGUGAUCAAAGGCGUCUGCGCAAACCGUUACCUCGCCAUGAGCUCAGACGGACGACUGUUUGGAACGAGAAGAACAACAGAUGAAUGUUAUUUCUUCGAACACUUGGAGUCAAACAAUUACAACACCUACAGAUCCCGGAAAUACCCGGACUGGUACGUGGCUUUGAAGAGAACAGGCCAGUAUAAGAGCGGUUCUAAGACCAGCCUGGGCCAGAAGGCCAUACUGUUCCUACCCAUGUCUGCCAAAUGCUGAUUGUGAGAUGCUGCCCCCGCUGUUUUAAACCCGAAACAAGACUGACAGCUCACUGACGUACACACGCUUCUAUCAAACCUGACAAAACCAGCAUGAGCUUAUAGGAAACACUCACUUUAGCAGCUAUAUUUAGGGACUUUUGCUCAGUGUUUGGAGACCAUUGCAGGGUUUAUUAGUUCCUACAUCAGCAGCAUCCACCGAAGAGACGGUUAAUAUCAGUGCAAACAUCCCACCAAUAUGAUUUCAGACCCAACUUUCCCAAAUGCAUCAUUCCACGAAGGGCAGUCGGGUUGGAUUGAAGAAUCCCGCGCCUCUCACUUUUAGAUGGAAGACCGAAGCACUUUCUUUACGUGUGAAUGCGGUUCUUGUACAUCGGAGUCUCACAGGAAUCUUAGUAAGGCCACAAAAUGUGAGUUUAUUUAAUAAGCUGCUCCUUAAAGCUUUUUCUUUUUCUGCAUCAGGCUUAAAUACAUACAGGUGUAUCUAUAUUGUGUAUUUCAUAGAAACAAAGGGAUUGUGUUACAUGUUGCAUUAAUGAAGGGAUGAAUGUUUAUAUUGAACUUAUAAUAAUAUAUAUAACUGCUUAUAAUAAUGACCAUUCAGUGACAUCUGACAAACAUCGGUAACAGUUUUUCAUUUUUCUUAACGCAAUUUUAGUGGCGGAUUUCAACUUUUCGAGUCUUAAUAGUAUCUUUUAUAUAUCUUUUAUUUUUAACUAAUAAAAUCCACUUAAAUUCAUCAAUAUAAUCAUAAUAAUUAAACAAAAGUAAUCUUAUUAUAAUGAGAGGAACACAGCAGGAGUUUUUAAUUUUCAGCAUUGUAAUUAUUUAUUUAAAAUUGGCCGAAAAUAAUAUUUUUUUGAGACACUUUUCUAACGAACUAGAGAAUGAAAAGUUAAUGGGUGAAACUCUAAUGAAAUCUCCAGGACACAUUUUCCCCCAAAUAAAACAUAAAUGCAUAAAUAUAUAAAUGAAUAAAUAAAUAUAUAUUUUUUUAAAUAGUGAUAUUAUUUUUCAUGACGAUUUGGCACAUUUCCACAUAUUCACAACUAAACUAUUUUAUUUGUAUUUAUUUAUUUAUUUGUUUAUUUAUUUUCUCCCAUUUUUCUCCCCAAUCUGGAACGCCCAAUUCCCAAUGCGCUCAAAGUCCUCCUGGUGGCGUAGUGACUCGCCUCAAUCCGGGUGGCGGAGGACGAAUCUCAGUUGCGUCUGAGACCGUCAAUCCGCGCAUCUUAUCACGUGACUUGUUGAGUGCGUUACCGUGGAGACGUAGUGCGUGUGGAGGCUUCACGCUAUUCUCCGCGGCAUCCACUCACAACUCACCACACGCCCCACCGAGAGCGAGAACCACAUUAUAGUGACCACGAGGAGGUUACCCCAUGUGACUCUAACCUCCCUAGCAACCGGGACAAUUUGGUUGCUAAGGAGACUCACAGCAUGUGGAGGCUAUACUUCAAACGCACGACUCCAGGGGUGAUAGUCAGCGUCAAUACUCACUGACAACCCCCAGGUUGUCUUUUUUUUAAAUCUGCCAAAAAUGUUUAUAUCGGUGCAUAAGAAUUGUCCGCACAUGUUAUCACAUGACUUGUUUAGUGUGUUGCCGUGGAGACGUAGAGCAUGUGGAGGCUUCACGCUAUUCUCCACAAUGCACGCACAACUCACCACACACCCCACCGAGAGCAAGAACCACAUUAUAGUGACCACGAGGAGGUUACCCCAUGUGACUCUAACCUCCCUAGCAACCGGGACAAUUUGGUUGCUAAGGAGACUCACAGCAUGUGGAGGCUAUACUUCAAACGCACAACUCCAGGGGUGAUAGUCAGCGUCAAUACUCACUGACAACCCCCAGGUUGUCUUUUUUUUAAAUCUGCCAAAAAUGUUUAUAUCGGUGCAUAAGAAUUGUCCGCACAUGUUAUCACAUGACUUGUUUAGUGUGUUGCCGUGGAGACGUAGAGCAUGUGGAGGCUUCACGCUAUUCUCCACAAUGCACGCACAACUCACCACACACCCCACCGAGAGUGAGAACCACAUUAUAGUUCACGUCGCUGAACUAUCCUUUUUUUUUUUUUUUUGAAUUUGAGGAAAAUGUGUUUAAAUGGCAUGAAGGUUUUGUGACAAUAUGAACAAUCGAAACAGUCCUAAAAAUAGGCUUAAUGUUCUCUAUGCAUAAUACAAUCUCUUACACUUUUCUUUUGACUAAUACACACACACACACUCACUCACACACACACACACACACACACACUCACACAUACACACACACGUUUAUAGGUUAAACCCCAUUGACUUCCAUUGGAAGUGUCUCUGGAACACACAUUUGGAUAAAACGAUCGAGACGUCACUGAAAACUUUAGAUUUGUUUUGGGAUUGUACAAAGUGUUUCUCAUUUAUUAAUAUUUCGUGUGUUGUUUAGAAAAACACUGAAUAAAUGUAAGAAACACUUAUGAAGAAUAUAAACGUGUUUGUGAAUGUUUGAGAUGGUUUAUUGUUGUACACAUCAUCACGUUCAUUACACAGAAGCAUUGUGAUGUCAUAAAGAAUGGAAUGAGUUACUGUAUUAUAUAGAAUGUUUCCUGAACGUUCUGUUUAACGUUCUAAAGAUGGAGGGAUUUGCUGAAUGUGUCGAGUGUCUAUAAAUGAACUUCUGUUUGAAAUAAUUACAUUUGUUUCAUUUUCCCCAAUGAAAUGAAACUGUCUGAAGUAUAUGAUGUAGACGAGCACCGAUCUGUAUAUUAUUGAUCCGAUCAUUCAUGUUGAAAUCUAGAAAAUGCUGCUAGUUAUAAACCAAACUUUCUUACUUGAGCACAAAUGACCUGAAAUAAAUGUUGAUGAAGUUCGAUUAAACACACUUUUAAUUAAUAA